GAUCAGCAGAACCGGCUACCUCCAGAGUCUCCGCUGGAUCCGGACCUGGAGGCUGCGCCUCACUCCAGUCUCCAGCCGGAGCAGCUCGCCGCCACCCCGCCGCCCGCGCCGGGCUGCGCCGAGACGCGGGCAUGAGCCCGCCCCGCAACCUGCGGAGCCAGCGACCCCGACCCGGGCCUCGGCGCCCAGGAGCUGGGCGAAGGAGCUGCUAGAACAAUGAUGAGGCGGGGGAGGUGAGGAGUGUCUUGAACAGGUGAUCAGGGAAGACCAAGACACCUGGGCUUAUCACCUGGGCACCCCUCCCGGCCUCAGCCCAGCCGGCACCCCAAAGACAGAGGGACAACCAUGGCGACCAAUUUCAACGACAUCGUCAAGCAAGGCUAUGUGAAGAUGAAGAGCAGGAAGCUCGGGAUCUACCGGAGGUGCUGGCUGGUGUUCCGGAAAUCUUCCAGCAAGGGGCCCCAGCGGCUGGAGAAGUAUCCUGAUGAGAAGUCAGUGUGCCUCCGAGGCUGCCCCAAGGUGACUGAGAUCAGCAACGUCAAGUGUGUCACACGGCUCCCCAAGGAAACCAAGAGGCAGGCAGUGGCUAUCAUAUUCACGGAUGACUCGGCUCGUACUUUCACCUGUGACUCAGAGCUGGAGGCAGAAGAGUGGUACAAGACACUGUCAGUGGAGUGUUUGGGGUCACGGCUCAAUGACAUCAGUCUGGGAGAGCCCGACCUCCUGGCCCCAGGAGUACAGUGCGAGCAGACAGAGCGCUUCAACGUCUUCCUGUUGCCCUGCCCCAACCUGGACGUGUAUGGCGAGUGCAAGCUGCAGAUCACCCACGAGAACAUCUACCUCUGGGACAUACACAACCCCCGCGUGAAGCUCGUCUCGUGGCCCCUCUGCUCCUUGCGCCGUUAUGGCCGAGAUGCUACACGUUUUACCUUUGAGGCGGGCAGAAUGUGUGACGCUGGGGAAGGACUCUACACCUUUCAGACACAGGAGGGGGAGCAGAUUUACCAACGGGUUCACAGUGCCACCCUGGCAAUCGCUGAGCAGCACAAGCGGGUCCUGCUGGAAAUGGAGAAGAACGUGAGGCUGCUCAACAAGGGCACCGAACACUACUCCUACCCCUGCACGCCCACCACGAUGCUGCCCCGCAGUGCGUACUGGCACCAUAUCACGGGUUCUCAGAACAUUGCUGAAGUCUCCAGCUGUGGUGAAGGGUAUGGGGCAGCCCAAGCCAGCUCAGAAACAGACCUCCUGAACAGAUUCAUCCUGCUUAAGCCACAGCCCAGCCAGGAGGACAGCAGUGAGACCAAGAGCCCUUCCCAGUGACAGCUGGACUGGUGGGUGCUGAUGACUGCUGGGCCACCUGUGGGAAGGCUAACUGCAGCAGCCCAUGGACAGCCUUAAGGAGCUGUUGGCCAAGAGCCUGAAGAGAGCAAGCUGUCCCUCCUUGCCCUCAAGGGUGAGGCUGGACCUCAGCACUGGCUGGCCACACCACCUGAGCAUGAGGGGCUGGAGCCACCGUGGGACUAUAUACUGUUAAUGGUUUUAAUAUAUAUGGCUUAUGACAUAUUCUGUAUUAAUGAGGCUUCCCUUUAUCCCUCCCCAACACAUACCCUUUUUUAAUUCCACGACCAGGCAUGGUCAAGGCUGUUUGAGUAUGAGGGCAGCCAUUCCUGUCCUCAGUGAUACAGCUCUCCUGUUGCCAGACUGUUUGAGCUGCCAGGGUCAGAGUAGGGGGACAAUCAGACCAGUGCUGUCUGUGGGCUCUUCCUCAGAAGCCUAAGGGCCAAGAUAGCAGGUAGCUUCUGUCCUCUGGGCCAACAGUGACACAGGAAGGACCCAAACUUUGCUGUACCAUGUGGUAGCCUUGCACUUAGGAGUAUUAAGCAGAGGCGGCAUCUGGUUUUAAAAUGCACGUUCUGCACUGGCUCCUUCCUGCUCAGUAGGCUGAAGAUGUCUUCAGGCAGGGCACCCAUCACCUCUGCAGUAGAGGAUGGCUAGGGCCAGCCCAGAAGGCUUCAGCAGGACUACUGUGGGGCGCACCUUGCUGCCCUCCUUUACUGAGCAGGGGUAUGGGGCUCCAGCAAGGGGAAUCCCUUGCCCUGGGCCAGCCACCCCAGGCCAGAUUCCAAAACCAAGACCUUCCCAUCUCCCCACAAGGUGCUGAGCUCCCUGCUGAAAUGCAAUUAAAGCAAUUGAUUUUCUAGUGCUGGUAUUUAUUGACUACCGUGCAGAAGGGCUAUCUUUCUAUUCACAUCAAACCUUUGGUUGCGUGUUUCUGUUUUUUAAUACUUUAGGGUUCUGAUUUGUGGGAACAGACCUUGUAAAUAACCACUGUUCACAUUUGUGGCAGGAUGAUAAGGAGGCCCCUCCCAGAGGUGCCCUAGAGCCACGGAGAUGGCAUGGCCAGUCCAGCUCUAACUGACCCAGGCCAUGACCACCCAGAGGUCAGCUAGUCUGUAGAAGAAAUGGGCCCAAAUCCUCAGGAGGGAAAGAGCUGGCUCAGCUAGCUGCACGAUGACGCAUGAAGGAGAUUAUGUUGUGCUCUUUAUUGCCAAAAAUAAAAACUUGUAAAAGACAUCUACUGUUGAUCAAUAAAUAUCCCUUCCUUUC